GGGAUUCCUGGCGUCACCCCCUUCUUCGAUGAUGUACUGAUCGCCGGGCCCAUACCAGAGGAAUUUGAGGACCGCCUCCGCUCCGUCCUGCACCGUUUCCAGACGGCGGGCCUCAAGGUGAAGCGGGAAAAGUGUUUACUGGGAGUGCCGCAGGUGGACUUUCUGGGAUUUAAGGUGAACGCAGAAGGGGUCCAUCCAACCGGUGACAAGGUACGGGCCAUUUGUGAGGCCCCAGCGCCCAAGAGCAAGCCUGAACUUCAGUCAUUCUUGGGACUAUUGAACUUUUACCAUGCCUUCCUUCCCCAUAAGGCAGCGGUAGCGGAGCCCCUACACAGACUCCUAGAUAAAAGGGCCCCUUGGGUGUGGGGCCAGCGACAAAGGGCCGCAUUCCAGGCAGUCAAGGACUUGCUCGUCUCGAACUCGGUCUUAGCACACUUCGACGAGAGGCUGCCAGUGGUGCUGGCAUGCGACGCCUCUCCCUAUGGCAUCGGCGCUGUCCUGGGACACCAACUCCCGGAUGGAAGAGAGGUGCCGGUGGCAUACUUCUCCCAGACGCUUGCUGCAGCCGAACGAAACUACUCACAGAUUGACAAGGAGGGUCUGGCAAUCGUGAAGGGCGUAAAAAAAUUCCAUGAUUUCUUGUACGGGCGGCCCUUUACCAUAGUGACUGACCACAAGCCGUUGCUUGGCCUGUUUGCCCCUGAGAAGCAGACCCCCCAAGUGUUGUCUCCACGUGUCCUCAGGUGGUCAAUUUUCCUUGCCGGCUACCAGUAUGCACUAAUCCACCGCCCUGGGAAGGCGAUGGGCCACGCAGACGCCCUCAGCAGGCUACCACUACCAGAAACAGGCCCCGACCCAGCGCCUGCGCAAGAGGUUAUGACCCUGGAGCUGCUUCCCGACCGACCCAUUCAGGCACAAGAAGUUGCGCACCAUUCCACAAAAGAUAGGGUCAUCUCCCGGGUCCUGGACUGGGUGUGGCGAGGAUGGCCCAGCAGCAGCCCCGGGCCAGAAUUCGCUGGCUACACAAACCGCAAACAUGAACUGUCGGCCCACAAGGGGUGCCUGUUAUGGGGAAGCAGGGUUGUUGUUCCCCAGCCCCUCCGCAAAAGGGUCCUCACAGCCCUACACGAGACACACCCAGGGGUAGUGAGGAUGAAGGCCCUUGCCAGGAGUUAUGUGUGGUGGCCGGGGAUUGACAGAGAGAUAGAGGCCUGGGUCCAACAUUGCCAGACCUGCCAAGAAUCCCGCCCGGAUCCCCCAAGGGCCCCAGUCCAGCCCUGGGAGUCCGCCCGACAUCCAUGGUCACGCUUGCACGUGGACUUCGCUGGCCCCUUCCAGGGAAAAACAUUCUUCAUAGUGGUGGAUUCCUACACCAAAUGGCUGGAGGUCGCACUGGUACCAUCCACUUCUACGGCGGCAGCCAUCCGGGUACUACGUAAGCUGUUUGCGACCCACGGGCUCCCUGACACCCUCGUCUCGGACAAUGGAACCGCAUUCACGUCAGAGGAGUUCCAGACCUUCACAGCGCAGAACGCCAUCCGCCACAUCCGCUCAGCACCAUUCCACCCUGCCACCAAUGGCCAAGCGGAGCGCAUGGUGCGGACCACCAAGGACAGCCUCCGCCGCAUGACACAAGGGGACUGGGAAUACCGCCUUGCCGCAUUUCUUCUAGCACAGCACAGCACCCCAAGCACAACGACGGGCCGGAGCCCAGCUGAAUUACUAAUGGGCCGGCGCCUUGCAACUAGACUGGACCGACUUCACCCCGACAGAGCUCAGGAUGAGGUAGUGGUGGGGAAAGGCAGGAACCCCCGGACAUUUGUGGCCCAGGACCCAGUGUAUGCAAAGAAUUUUGGGGCAGGCCCAGCAUGGGUACCCGCCACAGUCACCAAGGUGACCGGUCCCGUGUCGUACGAGGUACUAACGGAAGGGGGGCAAUGUUGGCGCCGCCACUGCGACCAGCUACGGCGACGAUUCCCAGGAGGAACCCGGGAGGAGAGCGGGACAGAGGGGUCCCAAGGGGACAGCAGGGCAGUGAGGCCUGUAGCACGAGAGGGGUGGGCAGGGGAAGCAGAAGCAGUAGGCACAGAGGGGCGCCCCGAGGCUGGAAGGACACCGGAAGCAGAGCUACAACCUAGUGGUUCAGUGGCGCCAGACCAGACAGCCCCGGCACAGCCAGCAGCCUCGGAACACGAGCCAGAACCAGAACCCCUGACCAAGGAACACCCCAGGCCACAACACACACGGAGGCGGCCAGCAGACCUUGGGGACUACGAAUGCAACUUCCCGGGCAGGACUGGAACUUAGAGGGGAGGGGUGUUAUGUACUGAGCUGAAUCCUAGAACAAUAGGAUUCAGAAUCAGCGGGAGCUACCCAAUCCAACUCCAGGUGGAAGUGAAUCCGCAACCUGAUUGGCCUGCUGGAGCAGCCAAUCAGGCGGCUGGCAGAAGUGAAUCUGCUACCUGAUUGGCCUGUAGGAGCAGCCAAUCAGGCUGCAGGCAGAAGUCAAUCCACAAUAUAAUUGGCCCACAGGUGUAGCCCUGAAGUAGCCAAUCACGCAAGGCCCAUUGUGUAAAUAAUGUAUAUAAGCAGAUGGUUUUGGGAAAAGAGCCAUUCGUCUUCUCUUCUCCUCCUUGAUGACUAUGAGCUGAAUAAAGAGCAUGAAAUUCACUCUUGACUCCGAGUAU